AUGACGGCCAAGGACACCAGCGUUAGCGCCGCGUCCCAGCCAGGCCAGCGGCGACGCGCCCACACCCGCCACUGCCCGCCUCCUGCUCCCACGGAGAAGACGCUCACGCUCACGCUCACGCUCACGCUCACGCUCACUACUGGCGGGGACCGGCAACGGAGGCGGCCGGCGCCGCUGGGGAAGCCCUCUGUGGACCACGUCCGUGGACCACCAGGGAGCGACAGGCUGCGCGCCUGGCCUGCACCCCCUGGACCCAGCGCCUCCAUUCCACCCACGCGGCUCCGCUCGGGCCCCGAGGCCCCUGCCUCUGCACGUCCAGCCGCCCGCGGGCCCCACGCAGUCCACCCGGCCCGCUGGCAGCACCCGCAAAACGCUGCGCGCCGGCCGCCCUCGCACCCGCACGCCGCCUCGGGCCACGUGCCCAGCGCCCAGCGCCCAGCGGGCCGGCACGCCGUCCCCCACUGCCAGCGCCCGGCGGGCCUGGCCAGGAGGGCCCCGGAGCGGCGCAAAAGGUCGGGCGGCUGCGUUGGCCGGGAAUCGAACCCGGGUCAACUGCUUGGAAGGCAGCUAUGCUCACCACUAUACCACCAACGCUGCACGGCCCGGGCCGGCCCGACGCGGCCGGCCCAGGGUGCGCUCCGCGCCUUCUCGCCUUGGCGCUCUCUCGCCGCCGCCGCCGCCGCCGCGCCUCCGCCGCCCGGCGCAGCCCUGCCCCGACGUCCCGCCCGGCCGCAGCUCUGCCCGGCCACCACGGGCUGCGGCCACCACGGACUGCGGCCGCCCGGCGCCCCAGCCUCGCCCCUCCGACUCAGCUGCGCCGGCCGGUCGCCAAGCACGCCCGCCCCGCGCCCCGCACCCCGCGCCCCGCGCCCGGCGCCCACCGCCGCCCGCCUCUGGAGGGCGCUCUGGCCGCCUGGCCGCUCUCGCGCCCUCGGAGGCCGGCUGGGGAGCCCCGCCACGUCCCCGGCCCGGCGUCUUCCGCGUCCUCCGCGGCCCGCAGCUAGCCGCCCGGCCCGGCCCGGCCCCGCGCGGGAAGGAGCAGAGGGGGCGGGCGCCAGGCCACACCACCUCCCGCAUCCAGACGGGACCGGACCCAGCUGCCUCCCACCCGAGCGACACCCACGGCGGCUGCGCGGCUGGGCGGCUGGGCGGCACGUCGCCGAGGAGCUCGCCGUGGCUGCCGCGGGGACCACACGAGGCCCCGGCUGCGCGGUGGCGACCCAGCGUCCGGCCUCGAGCCACGCAAAGGGCUGGGGCCGGUGGGCGGUGGGCAGGCCGGGCACGCGCCGCCGGACGGCCGAGAAGAAGCGCCCCUGGCCCUCGGGAGCAAGAGGUGGCACCCAGAGCUGCGCAGGCCACCAAAAAGGGCGUCUUGCCUCCCCGUCGGGGAAUCGAACCCCGGUCUCCCGCGUGACAGGCGGGGAUACUCACCACUAUACUAACGAGGACGGCGGCGGCCGGCCACCCGGGCGCCCGACCCCUCUCCGGCUGCCUCCCCACGCCUGCCCCUGCCUGCCCCCGACGCCCUGCCCUGCACGGGCGCCCGACACGGGCCACGCCCCACCCGACCCCAGCCCCGCUUCGGCCCCCUCUCCCGCACGGCAGCCCCCGGCCCCGACUCCGAGUCCGCCCGGACCCGGGGCCCACACACGGACCCGGACGGCGCUCAGUACUCCCAACGAGCGCUGCCUCUCUCUCGUCUGCCAGGCGGGCAUCGCGCCGGGAGAAAAGGCCCCAGACGGCAAGCGGGGCUGCGAGGGCGAGGGCGAGGGCGAGGGGAGCUGGGGGUGGGGGUGCGACUGCGACGGGAGCCGCGCUGGCGGCGGCGGCGGCGGCGGCGGCGGCGGCGAGGCGGCUGGCCGUGCUCCUCCGGGGCCGCCGCGCGUGUCUCGCCCCUUGCGCACCCACACAGCCGCCAGCCGGGCGCCAUGA